AGAGCUCCAGUUAGGCGAGCAGUUAGAUCCAUUCCUGAUGUCCACUGGUGGUAGGGGUUUAUGCUCUCCAGAAGGUUCUCUAGAAAGGAUUUCUACCUGAGAUCUGGUCUGAUUGGAAUGAAGCUUGUUGUGGUGACCUCAGUUUACACAAAUAACACAGAAGUUUUACCUCCACCGCAAUUAUCCUUGAUGACUUCAGGAACCAUCUAUAUGGGCCAAAACGUAGAAAUGCAAUGCACAGCGCCAGCAGAUCUCCCAGAAGGCAGAUUCUUCCUGAUAGCCUACAGCAGUGGGCAGAAUCUCCAGACAGUACAAGCUCCUGAGACGAGGAAUAGCGUGAGCUUUACUAUUGAAAGUUCUUACACCCUGAAGUCAAUAGAGUAUGUCUGUCAGUACCAGUGCUAUGUGGGAACAGAGAUCCAGACAUCCGAACUCAGCAAUAUCCUCUCCAUGACUCUUUCUGUUCCGGUGUGGGUCUUUGUUUUGGUCGGACUGGUUGGCCUUCUGAUCCUUGUGGCUUUGGUAUUGGUGACUUUAUGCCUGGUGAGAAGAAAUAAAAGGAAGAAACAGGAACAGAGAGAAUCUUCAGUCUGGAUUGACCAAAAUAUGACCACAGAUUGGUCAGAUGGGAACCACAACGUUGUCUUUUCUUUGAAUUCUACCUCCAAGACUGACAUCUCUCAUACCCACCUGAACAAUAUGGAUUCUCAGACAGAAAGUGGGUCGGCCACACCUUUCAGCACCUUCAGAAUAUGAGCCACCAGACUUCUCAGCUUAGUAAUAACUGUGACUUCCAUGACUGGGAACCUUAACUUUGGCCUCAUGGUGGAAGAGUCCAAGAAAGUUCCUCAAAGGUCAACGUAUUGCAGUACCGACCUGUGACAUCAUCAUGUCCUACAGCAUUGUGCUACAAGGUGUUAUAAAUGGGAGGCCUGUACGUUAUUUACUGUCUGGACCAAGUACAGCCCACCGAACUCCUGUCUGGAAUUAUACCUGUGUAUAUUUUUACCAUGGACUUGAAACUUUUCCAUGGAAGGGCAGUGCAAGAACUGAUGUCGCCUCUGCUAUCUCUCGUUAUGACACCAUUGGGUCAAUGGAUGAGACAACUUGCCAUGUGCCCUCAAGCAUUAUCCCAAGUUCAUAUCAAGCACCCACUGCUCCUAGCGUGAAAUGAGCUUCAAUCCUUUGCAUCUUCUCAUUGACCUUUUUUUUCUAGAGCCUCGUGUCUACAAUACCCCAAUGUGAACAUGGACCCAUUUUCCAAGACAUUAUAGGUUACAGUAGAAAAACAUGAAUUAUUUUUUGAACAACACUUGUUGCUGUAUUUUGGGUGAUAGUCUUGGGAGUAAGGAGCCUUGGAAUUAAGCUACUCAUCUGUGGUUCUUCUCUGUGGUUACAAGGGUCAAGCUCUUUUAAUUAUAAAUUUAUUUAUGUGUAGCGAUGGAUGCCUUCAGGGUAUUUUUUUUAUAUUGAAUUUUACUCAUUUUGGUCUACAAAUCAUUGUUUUCAAUUGGUCUUUAUUAAAAAAUGUUCAUCCGUUUCUGAGACAUAUGGGUUAAUAAUCAGUCUGUUUGCACACUGUCACAUUCUCUUUUCUUUGACUCUAGUCAUCUGACAGCUCAUGUGUAGUUUUUAUCUAUGAUCUCCUGACCUCAUAAACACUUGUUUAAGCCAUAUUCCUAUCAGUUUGAUAAGAAGUGACCUAUAAUGAGUGUUUAUGAGGUUAGCAGAUAAGAGCUACACAACAGCCUGCAAACUAACUGAUUUUAACCCUGAAUCUCAGAAAUGUCUGAAAACUUUGUAAAGACUAAUUGAAACAAAUGAUUUGUAGCCAAAAUGAGUAAAAUGCAAUAAUUUACUACUGUCUUAUCAGGAAUAAAUAGGACACUGGACCAAUAAGAGAUGAGGAGGUGUGAUCCAGGUUCAUUCAUAUAUUUUUUAUAUAUUUUAUAGUUCCUUUCCUGUUUUUGCACUCUGGUAUUAGCACUCCUCCCAUUCGACCAAGGUGAUUUUAAUUAGGAGGAGACUGCAUAAGGGUUCACAAAUUCCUACCAGCUCUCAGUUGGAGUUCCUGAGAGCAUAUGAUAAGGUGAGCUUCCUGAUUACUCGGGCCUGGUUUUCACAAUAUGUUCCAGAGCUGAACACAUGGAUAAACUUGGUUAAUAAGGUAAAAAAAACUAAGAAAAUAUUCUUUACAAUCAAAGAAAUGCUCAAGAGAAGUGGACGAAGAUAUCGGAGGCUUCCUCCCCUCAUCUUUAUUUUUGAUUCUCUUUCUCUUUGACUUCUCUUUUUUUGUUCUUUCCUUCUUACCUUUUUUUUUUUUUCUCUGGCUUUUUUAUGAGUGAUAGAGGGAUUUGAGACGCAUCACAAGAGUAGGGGGGGGGACGACUAGGUGGUUUAUGGGGGAAAUAAAGUAUAAUAAUUUUGAUUCUGUAUUAAAAAUAGACUGUAUAUGUCUUACUCUAAUAAAAAAAUAAUAAUAAUAAAAAAAAGGGUGUUAUCUAAGUGGCUCCCCAGGUCUUCACCCUUUAACCCCUAUACAGGGAUCUGGACUCCACUGCAGGGGAACCACCAGGCUGCUACCUCUUGGAGUAUUCUCUAAUUGACGGCUGACCCACGGGGGUGAAGAGUCACUGGUGUGGAGCUCCUAGGGAUCAGGCAAAACCGUAAUCAGGAAACAAGGUUAGGUCAGGACAAGCAGUGUAGGAGCGAUCUAGUAAGCAGUCCGACAAUGAGAGUGCAUAGCACAGGGUCAGAGCGAGGAACAGGCAGAGAUCAGGCAGUGAACCCUGUAGGGGGAAACGCGUUGGAGUAUAAGGAAAAUUCACUUGUUAGGGUCUACUAGGGUAUUUCAGGGCAGGUACGAGGACGGAGGGUCUCCACCACCAGGAGAUACCUCCAGGCUUUAGAAGAGAGAAACAGGGUUUCUAGGGAAAGAUACCCCUUUUGAUUGAUUCUUCCCCUGUUUUUAAAGUCUAUCUCCCUUAUUGGCUUUAUUGUUAAUGUAUAACUGUACUACUGACUGGGGGGUAUAUAAGAAGAUUAUAUGACCUGUGUCUAUAGGUCUUUUAAGUGUUUAUAAUAAAAA